ACAAACGCGGCGUCGUUUCCGCAUCACAUUUAUGGACUUUGCUUCUUGAUUUAAUUUUUGCCCUAAAUCAACGCCUCAAACAAUGCUCUCUCCCUCUAAUCUUCUCCCCAAAAAUAAUUUCCCUAUAAAUAUUCACACUUCCAUUAUUCAUUAAUUCAUAUACCAUUCAUAAAUAUUUCAAUCUAGAGAGAGAAGAUUUCUAGAGAGAGAAAGAGAGCUUAGAUAUGGCGGCACGUUCAUACACCUCUACUAGUAGUCUUUUGCUGGUGUUCGCAAUUGUUAUAAUGGUUACAUUAUCUAAUGUGGCUGAGGGAUACAAUCGCCUUCGUCCUCAAGACUGCAAGCCACGGUGUACGUACAGGUGUUCUGCCACGUCACACAAGAAGCCGUGUAUGCUGUACUGCUUGAAAUGCUGCGCCAAGUGUCUAUGCGUGCCACCUGGCACAUAUGGCAACAAACAAACAUGCCCUUGCUACAACGUUUGGAAGACCAAAGAAGGCCGCCCCAAGUGCCCUUGAAAUGCAAUUGCAUUAUAGUUAUUUUCUUCAUUCAUAUUUACGACAAUAUUUAAUUAUUGUUUUUCUUAUGAAAAAAAAAAAUGUAGGAGGAGAACAGAAAUUAAUGUAGUAAUCUUGUUUGUGGAUUGGCUUGUAAUAUUUUCUUCCUUUCAUAAUAAAUGUAAACCAUGUGAUGCAACUUGUAGUUCAAUCUUUUGAACCGUUUAAAAUGAUAGUAUUUUAGUGGACAAA